AUGUCCGAGCCAACAGAGGCCAAAGAAUUGGACUGGGCUAAUGACCCUGACAAUGCGAAGAACUGGUCGACAUCGAAAAAGAUCUAUAAUACCGCUGUGCCGGCUCUUCUUUGCAUGCUGAUAUCAUUCGGCCUCGCAAUUUAUUCCCCUUCUCAUACCAGCGUCCAACAUGAUUUCCGAAUUAGCUCCACCCUGGCUCUUCUCCCUUUCACACUAUAUGUAUACGGUCUCGCCUUCGGCCCAGCAGUCUCGGCACCACUCAGCGAAACAUUCGGACGACGAUUCAUUUACGUCUUCGUGACGCCGAUCGCAUUACUAUUCAUCCUAGGAGCCAGCUUCGCGAAAAACAUCGCAGCACUCGCAAUAUGUCGACUCUUGGCCGGGAUCACCAUCUCUGCACCCUUGGCCGUUGGCGCCGGAACCAUCAUGGACAUGUGGACAGGUCCACAGACAAACCGCGGCGUGGUCUUGAUCAUGACCAUCGCCUUUCUGGGACCGGCACUGGGUGAGCUCGUUGGAGGAUGGAUCGCUCAGUACAAGAACUGGCAAUGGUCACUCUGGACUACCUUGUUUCUUGGUGCGGGAGUUUGGAUCUUCGCUCUCGGCGCCCAGGAGACUUAUGCUACUCCCGUGAAGCGCCGCAAGGCCCAGAAACUUGGACUCCCGGUACCCCCUGCCCCGAUUCCAGCUGGUCUACCUGGAAUCCGUUUCUUGUUCACGGUAACGUUGGUGAGGCCGCUGUACAUGCUGGUCCGCGAACCCAUCGUGCUACUCUGCUCGCUCUACUCUUCUCUGAACUUCUCCAUUCUGUUCUGUUUCUUGGCGUGUAUUCCGCUAAUCUUCGAGACUACAUAUAAAUUUACGCCGGGACAAAGCGGGCUGGUACUGAUUGGCAUUGCGGUGGGGUGUGUUCUUGGAGGCACUGUUCUGGUUCUCUUGGACGCCUAUACCAUGAAGUUGCAUGUUCGGAAACUCAACACUGCAGCACCGCCGCCCGAGAGAAUGCUAUGGGGUGCAAUGAUAGGAGGCCCUUUCAUGGCAGCCUCGUUGUUCUGGUUUGCUUGGACCGCCCGGCCGGGGAUUCAUUGGAUCAGCAGCAUUAUAGCGACAGGUUUAUUUGGAUUUUCAAAUAUCCUCGUAUUCGUCUCGACAAUGCUUUACCUGACCAACGUCUACGGUGCCAAGUCUGGAGCAUCGGCGCUGGCAGCUAAUGGACUCCUGCGAUAUCUUGUUGGUGGCUCAUUCCCCUUGUUCACGAUACCAAGUAUGUCUUCCUGUGUUGUAUCCCCUGCGUACGUUUCUGACUUCUCAGUGUACAACAACCUUGGCUAUGAGUGGGCAUCAAGUUUGCUUGGAUUUCUGGCGGUAGCAUUUGCCUUCCUGCCAUGGAUCUUCUAUGUUUUCGGCAGCAGGGUUCGACAGUCUAGUGCCUAUGCUCCGGAUUUGAAGUAA